AUGGGGGUGCUGAUGUCCCGGCGGCAGACGGUGGAGCAGGUCCAGAAGGUCAGCCUGGCCGUCUCGGCCUUCAAGGACGGGCUCCGGGAACGGCCCGCCGCCAAGCGCCCGGCCGAGGGGACCGCCAGCCGCCGCGGGACCCUGGAAGAAGACGCCGUGCAGGAACUCCGCGAGGAGGAGGAGGGGGCGCCGGGGGGACCUUCCCGGUCGUGGGGCGGCGGGACCCGGAGCGCCGCCUGGGCGAGGUUGCGGGACGGCCGCGGCGUGGAGCCCGAGGAGCUGGACCGGCCUGCCUGCUUCACGCCCCCGGCCCUGGUCCGCCCCGUCCGGCCGACGCGCGAGGAAGAGCGGCUGGAGAUCAGCCUGGAGCAGCGGGAGCAGGUGACCAACGAGGAGAUGUGUGAAGUCUGUGAGGUGUGGACGGCAGACAGCCUUCUGCCCUGCCGGGUGUGCACCAAGGUCUAUCAUGACGGCUGCCUGCGGCGCAUGGGCCUGCUCUCCCCGGACGAGGCCUCGGAGGCCAUCGAGGCGGCCCACUCCACCGUCGGCUGGAGCUGCUACCACUGCGAUAACCUGAACUCGCUGCUGACGGAAGAGGAGAUGAGCUCCCUCUCUGAUGCCUUCCGGCAGACCAGCAUCUCGCCUGAGAACACCCUGACCCUGGAGGACUUCUUGCGCUACAAGGGCCUGGCAGGGCAGCCCAGCAGUGAGGAUGAAAAGGAACGUCACAGCCUGCAGUUUGCGGCCCUGGACCCCGGGCAGAAGGGCCACAUCGCCUGGGAGGACUUCCUCUCCCAUGAGUCCCUGCUGCUGCUGCAGAGAUCGCGCACACAGGAGGGGCUGCUGGGCCUGCUGACGGGCAAAGAGAGGGAGCGGGCACGGGAGGCCUUCCUGACUCUAGACCACCACGGGGAGGGGCGCAUCAGCCAGAAGGAGAGCCAGCGCUCCCAUCAUACCUGGUUCCGAAAACAGCAUCCGGGGGCACCCCCCUCCAUUGCCAGAGUCAGCCAGGUGGAGCCCGUCUCUGAAAGCAGCAGCCAAAGGCAGGAGGACAAAGAGGUGACCAACGAAGAGAUGUGUGAAGUCUGUGAGGUGUGGACGGCAGACAGCCUUCUGCCCUGCCGGGUGUGCACCAAGGUCUAUCAUGAUGGCUGCCUGCGGCGCAUGGGCCUACUCUCCCCAGACGAGGCCUCGGAGGCCAUCGAGGCGGCCCACUCCACCGUCGGCUGGAGCUGCUACCACUGCGAUAACCUGAACUCGCUGCUCACGGAAGAGGAGAUGAGCUCCCUCUCUGAUGCCUUCCGGCAGACCAGCAUCUCGCCUGAGAACACCCUGACCCUGGAGGACUUCUUGCGCUACAAGGGCCUGGCAGGGCAGCCCAGCAGUGAGGAUGAAAAGGAACGUCACAGCCUGCAGUUUGCGGCCCUGGACCCCGGGCAGAAGGGCCACAUCGCCUGGGAGGACUUCCUCUCCCAUGAGUCCCUGCUGCUGCUGCAGAGAUCGCGCACACAGGAGGGGCUGCUGGGCCUGCUGACGGGCAAAGAGAGGGAGCAGGCACGGGAGGCCUUCCUGACCCUAGACCAGCACGGGGAGGGGCGCAUCAGCCAGAAGGAGAGCCAGCGCUCCCAUCAUACCUGGUUCCGAAAACAGCAUCCGGGGGCACCCCCCUCCAUUGCCAGGACCGUCACCUGGCCGGCCUUUUUGAGAGAAAGCACGGUUUACAUCCUCGCUGCCCGGCCCAACAGUGCCGCCAUCCAUCUGAAGCCACUGAUGUGA